UGCACAAAAAAGAAAAAUCUUUUUUAGCAUACACAAACAUUCUCUUUCCCAAUCCAAAACCUAAAUAAUCCACUUCAAAAUCCCUCAGAUCACAUAGACUGUGACACUGCCUUCUCCUCUCGCCUCUCCCUCCACCCAGGACCAUAGCAGUCUACUCCAAGAACCAUAGUCCUCUUUUCGGCUCUGUUUAAGUAAAUUUAGCCAUGGCGAGGUUUCAAGAAGUUAUAUUGAAACUUGCAGAAACUCAUCCAAAUGCACCCUUAACGGCUGCCAGCAAGAGCAUUCUUCAAGGCCGCUUGAACCAAUUGCUAUUCCAGUCACAUACACCAGAUCACCCUCCUUAUGCUGCGAUGAUAGAACGGGCACUUCAGGAGUUGAAUGAGGAAUUGGGUUCUAGCGAGGACUCCAUAUUAAAAUUUAUCAAAAAAGAAUAUAAUAAUUUGCCAUGGGCGCAUUCCACAUUACUAAAACAUCAUCUUGGAAAACUUUGUGAAUAUGGAGAUAUUGUGACUCAUGGUCAGAGAUACAUGCUUCCUGGGGUAAUUCCAAGACUGAAUUCAAGCACAGGACAUAAGAGGAAGAAAAGAAUGAAGAAAUGGAGACUAAACUGGGACUGGCAGAGGGAACGAUACAAGCCACGUAAGAAACACGAGUCUAAGCAUAAAAAUCAGCAAAAUGGGGAUCAAUGUGAAAUAUCUGAAGACCACAAAUAUUUAGAGGCGACAAAACCACAGCAGCAAGAAGGGGACAAAGCGGAUGGCAACUGCCCCGAACUUUCAAGUCAGAGGCCUCCUGACGAGUCAAUAAGAAUUGAGAACUCGUUACAUUUAGGGAUCUGCUCUAGGGAUGAAUUUGGAGCCCAAGAAUGCCCCAUUGUAAUGAAAAAUUUGCACUUACUAGCCCUUAGAAAGCUUGAUUCUGCUGAAGUGACAUUGAAACUGACUAAUAAGGAGCAGCUGAUGGAGCAUCCAGUUACUCAAGAGCCUUUGAUAUUUGGACCACUGAAAGACAAGUCAGCUGGGCCUACAGGGCUAGAACUCGUGAGUACCAAUGAGUUUUGUCAAUCAUUGCGUAACCAAAGUCCACCGGAACCUAAAGCAGCAGCAACUAAUUAUGCGUGAUAUGGAAUUGUUGGAUUCCUCCAAGUCGGGUGAUCAGCAUUUGCCAAAGCUAAAGCUUUCAAAUCUGGAAUGUCUUCGGGAUCAACACAAGACACCCAAGAACUCAACUGUAGUCAGAGAUCAGCAAGCAAAGCUCCGUGGUAAUAGAAAGCAACAUGAACGUGAACAAGUAAAUCUCUCAAAAUCAGAUGGAAAGGAAGUAGUAGAUUCAUUUGUUAAUGAAAACUACCGUCUGGGAGCAAAGAAACGUGGUAGGAGAAGAGGGAAGACAAUGUCCUAGCAAGAAGAAAUUGUUGGAAAAAUUUCACCGGAUUGGAGAAGAAACUGAGAAAUGGAAAAUUCAAGAAUAUGAAAAUAAUGGGUAAAAACCUAAAUAAAUAUGAAGGUUUAAACACGACAUUAUAUCGUUGUCCUCAAACGAUAUUUGCCCCCUCUCGAGUAACAAUUUCGAUGCUUAAAGGGUCUUGCGGCAAAAUGUUUGUAGGAUUAAUCAAAUUUUGAUGUAGAGAAAUACAAAAGCACAAACAUUUCUUCACCCGAACUUGAAAAGCACAAGGGAAAUUUAAUAUGGAAGAAGGAGCAUUUAUCCUUCUAUUGUGGAAUUAA